AAUGGCGGCCAAGUUAAAGAAUAGUCUCGUCAAAACUCAGAAUAAUUUAUUGGAAUAUGAUAAAAUUCAACUGAGAGAUGUUAUUUGCUCUAUUUGUCAGUCGAUUCUCUUGGAACCUGUGACAUUACCGUGCUUUCAUAACUUUUGCCAGAGCUGCUUUAAAAGUAGCAUAGAAAACAAUGCAUUGUGUUGUCCCCUAUGUCGGUUGCGAAUAGGUUCAUGGCUAAGAACCACAACAAAACAAAAUAAAAUAAUUAAUAUUAAACUUUGGGACGUAAUUAAAACCAAAUUUGCGAAUGAAGUGAAUAUUAAAUUGCAAGGUGAAGAUUUAAACUUAAGUCAAGAACGAUCUACUGUAUGUCUUAGUGCACCUGGUGAAAUAAGAGCAGAGUAUGAGGCAGAACUUAAGAGACUGCAAGCAGAGCGCUUACAGCAGGAGCAGAAACAACUUGAAGAAACCACCAUUCUUAUAAAGAAGAUCCAGGAAGAAGAGGAUGAAACCCAUAAGAAUUAUCUAGGAAUUCUAAAGCAAGAUGAAAUAUUGGCCAAAAAAGUGCAAGGAGAAAAUAAUAAAGAAUAUAGUAAAAAAGUCGCCCCUGCUAAUAGACACCGUCAUACAUUGGCUCCUGCCAAACCCAGAUUAAAAACCGCAAAAAUAGAAGCAUUUUUAACUAAGACAUCUACAAGUUACAAAGUUAACCCACUGUUAAUUGAUGACAGCACUAAUAGCAGCAACAGUUCAGAUUUCGCACCAGCUAAAACCGAAACACGGGGAUCUCCUGAAAUGGUGCCCAGUUACAGCAAAUUUCUCAAAAAUAUCCUAGAUAAGAAAAUUAGAAAUAUUUCUGGAAUUUGGAAUAAAGAGAAUGGGGACAACAGUAAAACAAAGAAAACCGACUUACUACCUCACGCAAAUAACUCGUUAUCUACUGAUGAGAAAGUUCCGUAUAAAACAGUGAAUUCAACACAGUCCUUACCUGUGUCCUUGCCGUACACCGGGAUGCUACAACAUACAAUGAAUACGACGGAUAGACGCAGUGAUGCGGGGGGUAGUGGUAGUGUUGACUCUAUGAGGCAAGAGCUCUGUUAUUUUAAGCCAGUGCAAGGAACAACAGCGACAAGUUACAAUGCGAAGAGAGGGUUUCCGCUGCGUGUGCCCGUUAUUCGCCUGGAGAGACCAGAGACCGCCCUGGUGCACAAAGAAGCACCCACUCAAAUGCAGUAUGUUGAAGGCCUGUGUCUCCUGCGCAACCACUCCCUGGAGCAUAACUUGCCCUCGGCAUUUGUCAUAGCACUCACUAAGGGUCUUACAAAUCAGUUAGGAACGAAGGCAAAGGAAAGUACGACGAGAAAUUCCGUCCCUGAAGCAGUAACUGGAAGAAAUAUAGCAACAAAAAGUAAAAACUGCAUUCAAGUCGAUGGCAUCGCCAAACUGACCAAAGAAAUAAGUUUGCGACGCACAAGGUCUAUGGGAAGUAUUUCGAAAGCGGAAAAUGAAACAACACCUAAAAAGGCCAAAGCGAAAGCCAGACAAGUGGUUUCUGAAAGAAAACCCUACUUGAGAAGCGAAUCUAAGAAAAAUAGUGCUAAGAAAGAACUAAAUAGCCCACCAUUCAAUUCAGACUCUAUAAAUAACAAUAAAGUCAAUUUAGCUGUAAAGAAUUUGUCUAGUCCAUUGCAACAUUGCGAUGUUAAAAAAAUAUUUGAACAACAACUCAGGAUUGUGAAACAGAUGGAGCAGGAAAAGAAGGAUUUAGAUUUGGCUCGCAAAAUGGACGCGGAGCUGAACCGCCGCAUGCUGCGCCGCGCGCCCGCCGCCGCCGCCGCCGCCGACAAGCGCGCGCUGCCGCUGCAAUACGCGCUACGCCCGCCCAAGAAGCUUAAGGUUUAAUCUUCCAUCACAUCUAACUUACUAUCGUUCUCGCUUAUUAUUACGCAAACAUAACUAAUUACUUCAUUGUUUUUAUUCAGUUUUUUUUUAAAUACAGUUGACCCGAGUUAAACUUCAGAUUUUAACCAAAUGCCUAAAGGGAGUAUGUCGUAAACUUAUGUUACUAGACAAUUUUUCGCGAAGUUGAUUUAACUUGAAAACCUGCAUUUUUUUAAAUAACUAGAUAUACCAGUUAGAACUUAGAAGCUAAAGGCAACGGAAAACGAUGUAUGUUGAUUAUUUACUCGUACGCCGUCGAAAAUAAUUAUUUGGUUUAAAUCUGUCGAGUACCUCCAGAUCACAGUGUAUUUACACAGUGCAGUGUGCUACUUUUUCUCAUAUUAAAAUGUUUAGUAAUCAUUACAUUUCUAGUCUGUCCUGUGAACCUGGAAUGUGUACAAGUGCAGUCGCAGCUUAAAAUUGUGUAAAUGUAAAUCGCUCUGAAAAAAAGCCAUAAUCGACAAAAAUAAAGUACUGUACGGAGCACUAAAAGUCCAUACAUUUAUCGAAACUGCACACAAAAUUUCACGAGAAUCGGGUGAUAAAUACGAUGUGCAGAGGAGAACACCAUGGCCAUGGCAGUCAUACGAAAGAAUUUAUACCCAAACUGAAACGGAGACGCUUCACGCUCGUUCGGUCACAAAGUCGGUAUUACUCCAUAUCGUUUAGAAGGAAUUAAGAGUGUAAGUUUCUUACCAUAUUACCUUCAUCAUUAUAUCCUUAUCGUCAUUAUACCCUUAUUAAUAAAUUUCAAAUGCUUCUUUCAGUAAAAUGUGUUUGGUCCUUUUCCAACAAACACAAACGACAAGGACAAACGAAUUCAAUGUUAGUGAGCACUUAUGAAUACAUUUGUUACACCAAAGUUCACAGUACAGACUACAAUCUCUUGUGCCCCUUGUAGGCUUUAAAGUUUUUCGAUUGCAAAGCUUUUAAAAAGAAUUGUAGUUUCUCGUAAUAUACUUUAAUUCCUGUUUUCUUUAAAUGAUUACACAUUGUAUAGGUAAGGUCCUAUAUAUAUAUAUAUGUAUGUAUUUUAUAUCAGAUAACAUACUGCAUACAAUUUUCUACCGCUGCAGCAUCAGCGAAAAAAUAUAUUUUUCUAUUGCUUAUUAUUUUUAAGAGUUAUGUAACUGUUUAGAGCUGUGAAUCUUAGUUAAGUGUUAAUAUUUAGUAGCAUACAAUAGAAAGGAAAUACGCACAUAUUGAAUUGGGUAAAUGUCAAACGUUUUGAGCCGCCUAUUUUCUUUGGAUGUAUUUUUUAUAGACGUAAAGUGAUCAGAGAUGUCUAGCAAACAACCGGUAAAAUCAGCUGAAUGUAUAGAGUUAUGUAAGUUACGGAUAUCCACACAAAAGUGCGUCUGGAGGAAUUAAGUGGACGAAACGAUCCGAUGUUAACCUGAGUGUUUAUAAACUCACAAACAAUUGAAACGGAUAAUUUUUAUUUAAAAAAAAACAUAUAAAUGGCCUGUUUAAUUAGUCGUGAAUGCAGUUUAUCAAAUAACAAGGAAGCCGAUCGGCCAAGCGUGUGGCAAUACCUAGUGUUGGUUGAGACUCGACUCUUUUCAGUCCUCUACUUUAAGACUCGACUCAACUCGAAACUCCUUGUUAGAGACCCGAGUCUUUUGUAGAGAUUUGAGUCCUUUGCAGAGCUUACAUUUUUAAAAAUAAAACAUUCAAUAUGCAUUGUCUUCAUGUAAAAUUUAUGGGUUAGUUACCGUCAAACUAGCCAACUUUGCCUCCAGGGAUAUCUUUGCCCAAAAACACAUUUUAAAACAACUUCGUUUAUGUAGAUAAAUGUAUAACCGUUAGAUUAGAGUAACACUCUUAUUUUAGUAGAAAAUAGUUUAUAUUUGUGAAACAACUACAUAUCACACCACACAAUUCACACAUGUGCUUAACUUGACUUGGGAAUUUUCGCGGGUUGUCAAAUGGAGGGUACAUUUCUGCAGGCACAUGAAGCAUAGAUUAUUUUUAUUGAGAUUUAAACCAAAAAGGCCUAAAGACAUAAAAGUUUUGACGGUGGGCAAUGUAAUCCGGUAAUUUACAGACCUAUGAAUGGCAACAUUGCUUUUCACCAAAAAACGGCUUAGGGUUGUCACCUUCGAAUAUAUGACCAAACUGCGCAAGUAAAAGAAGGUAAUGUUUGUACACCAAAGUUAAAUAUAUGCUGUAUUUAAUUUAUUUCGUUAUCCUUUGUUUAGAUUUUACAUCUUUUCUCCCUUUAACGUAUCAAAAAUACAGCAAAAAACACAUUUUCGGCCAUUGAACUAUUGUAACAGAUUUUCUCAAAAGUGACAACUCUAGCAUUUGUAAAAUGCUUAGGCGAGUCUUGUAUGGAAAUGGGCAAAAGCGGGUAGGCAACAUUACCCACCAAAUUUAUUCAAAAGUUUAUACACUUAUCGCUAAGUUAUUAACAGGGAAUGGUAGGAUUGCCCAGAAACUUUUUGCGAUCCUUAGACAAAAUCAUCAUACGAGCUGUAUAUGAGCACCAAAUUGACGUGGGCAAUGUUGGCGAAAACCUCAGGCAAAGGCCCGCCCUCUAAAACACGAAAAAGUGGGUAAAUCACGAUCUAAAAUUGUUUUAUUCAAAUAAACUGAUGCGUUUGAUCACAAUGGAUGCGCUGAGCCAAAAAAAAUCAUAAGAUGUCAUAUACAUCAUUCUAUUGAGAAAUUCGUGUUUUUUUCGAAAAAAGCGGGCAAAGUUAGCUAGUUUCACAGUACACCAUACAAUAAAUAAAUAUUAUAGGACAAUAUUACACAAAUUGACUAAGUCCCACAGUAAGCUCAAUAAUGCUUGUGUUGUGGGUACUCACUACUCAGACAACAAUAUAUACCUAUAAUAAUAUAAAUACUUAAAUACAUAAAAACAUCCCAUGACUCAGGAACAGUAUCCGUGCUCAUCACACAAAUAAAUGCCCUUAUAAGGAUUUGAACCCAAGACCAUUGGCUUCACAGGCAGGGUCACUACCCUACCCACUAGGCCAGACAGGUCGUCAACGCUUAUUUUUACUGCUACUAGUAUUUAGAUAAACCCUACAAAAUUGUUGACGGAUUCUUUAUUCGGAGGUUUGAGUCCUAUUGAGUUGCGCUUAAAAAAUACUCAAUAAACGCCUUGGACUUGGAGGCCCGGAAAUUAUUAACGCGGUCUCGUAAAAACGAGCCGAGUUCUUUAAAUGUAGACUGAAAAAACUCAAGUUCCUACCAACACUAGUUGUACCUGCAAAUCUAGAAAACCAGUUCAAUUUCAAUAAUACUUAAACGUGUUGCGUGACACGUUUUUAAUACGUACCAAAUACGUAAUCUAACGUAGCAACAGCUGGUUAGAAUGGAAUAGACGACACUAGUAUCAACUAUCUUCAUUUGAGUGUUAGCCUUAUACGGGGUUGUCCUUAUUUAUAUAAUCACUAAACAAUCUAUCGUCGUUAAAAAAAUGAAUAUUCGUUAGAAUUUAGUACUAUUUUUCUAGAUGAAAACUGGUUACCAUGUCAUUACGCUUGUUUGUUCAGUCCCGUUUCCAUCUAUUCAAAAGGGGCAGUGACGCAAUAGUUAUUUGUUAUACAAGGGUGCAAAGUUGUAUUUUACCCGCGAGUGUUUCAACACACGAGAAGUAAAAUACAUUUGCGUCCGUGUGUAACACAAAACUUUUCACCUCACUAUAGCGAGGAAAGUGCAACAUCCACAGGCGUUAGAUCAUCAGAAGAGAAAAGUCGGUGAGAAAAGGUUUUAAGUAAAAAAAUUGUUGACAAUGUUGACAUUUCUGAUGUAUGAAAUGUCAACGAUGCGUUUUGGAAUUGCAUCGACUCAACUUGUGCGUUCAGAAUUAUAUUUAACAUCAUUAUAAAAAAACAAACGUUUCUUAUGAAAUUUUAAGGUUUAUGACUUAAAAACAUUAAAUAAAGCUAAAUUUGGUAUUUUUUAUUAGAUUCUCAAACCAUUUAUUUAAUGAUAAUUAAUAUCGAACCAUUAUAAUGAGCGUUUUACGUUUUGUUAUCUGUCAAGCUACUUAAACACGCUCCAUCCAAGGUCAAAUUACUUUCCCCACUAGUGGAUAAAACGC